UAUUGACACAUUUGGAUUUAUGGGACGUGUUCUUCACCGAAUCAAGUAUCCCCUUCAAUGUUCUCCUUUCUGUGAUAAGUACCUGGGUUCCCUACUGGUAAGUCGGUCGGACACUGACCAUUCAUUCGUUGAGCGUUGCAUCAGUCGAGAACAAUUUCAUUCCGAUAUAACGUGUAGUGUAAAUAUGUAUUUAACUAGGAGAGUUCUGUUGUUUUUUAUUCCGAUGGUGGUUUGUUUCCCAUACGAAGAUUGGACGCCGGAUAUUGGACCACCAAAAGACUUACUUUGUAACAAGAAUUGUACCGAUGACAGGUGUUGUAGCUGUUUUUCCAGACCAACAUGGGAGCUAGGACUGGAGUCGCUGGGAAAUGUAUAUGUAGAAUACACCAGUUUAGGUAAAGCAUCAGCUGAAUUGAUCUAUUAUCCAACCAACAGCACCUAUAAGCGUUACCAAGCCAUUUACACCGGUCAACGGUUGCGCUCCCUCCCCAGAAACAUUUGUGAUUUCAAAAAUCUUGUGAAGAUCGAUUUCACCGACAAUCUUAUCGAAACGAUUGAUGAAAUUCACUGCCUUAAGCAAUUGGAUACAUUGAUUUUGGCUGGGAAUAAAAUUAAGCGCAUCUCAAAUAUGACGUUCAUGGAAAUGCCCGAUUUACGCGUGCUAGAUUUAUCAAACAAUAGCAUGAAAAAUUUGGACGCUAAUGCGUUUACCGGAAAUAUGACGAAUAUAUUCUACGUUGACUUUUCAAAUAACGUUUUUGAAACUAUUGAUAUUACAAAUGUCAUGAGAGAAAAUCAUCUUUUCUGCAAAAUGAAUUUUGAAAAUGCUCUAAAUGGGCAUUUUACCAACACCAAUAACAUCACGAUUGACUCGGAUAAGCGCUACAAUUCUGGAGAUAUUUCGUUCACAGGUUGUUCCAUGGAAGAGGAUAUGUUCUCCUUUCUUUUAAAAAAGGAUCCUCAUCUGAUACAGUACAUACCAUUAAUGGUACCAACAGGUGUAUAUGAUUUGCAAAAUGUUACUCUAACUUGCGACUGUAACGUAGCACUAUACCUGGAAUCUAAUUGGAAAGUUAUAACCAUGAUUCCAACUAUGAGCGGUCUCGCAUGUUCAAAUCAAGGUAACUCAACAUUAGAUAUGAACGAUCCGGAGACAUACGACCGGAUGAUUUGUAAUAUUCGUAUUAAUUGUCCAAAAUUUUGUACAUGUAUUGAGCAACCGACACAGUGGCGGAUCAUCGUGAACUGUUCGUUUACAGAGAUGCAGCAAAUGCCCAUGGCACUUCCGGAAAGUGCCUUUUUAGUAGAACUUCUGAUGGCAAAUAAUGACGUGCAACGUUUAGAACACAGAGUCUAUAUGCACAGACUUCGUAUACUGGAUUUAUCAGACAACGGUGUGAACGCUAUUGAUAGCGAAGUGGGGAAAUCUCUUGUCUCGUUAUCAAAACUGGAUUUGGACAAGCACAACCUAAAAGAUCUACCGAAAUCAUUCCAGCUCUUAGAUCCAAACCAUGUACUCUUAGGAGAUAAUGGAAUAGAAUGUACGUGCAACAAUACCUGGAUAGGGGAGUGGCGUGAGAGAGGAACUGUACACUUUCUAAAUCCGUUGUUCUGUGAAAACAUUAGAAACGGAGACAGUAAGACGCUUGUGGAACUGGCUGGGCCAUUCUUAGUGGACUGUGAUAACUCCCACAUAAAUACAGUUUUAACAAUUAUAUUGUCGACAUGUCUGGGUUUAGCAUUAAUAUCACUAACGGCAGCAGCUGUCGGAUCUCUAUUUCAUCUUGAAAUCAAACUUUUGCUGAGAAAAUUUAGGAGAAAGAUUGUAAAAGAUGAUGGAUGUACAUGCAAAUAUGACGUUUUCGUUUCUUUUGAUGAAAAUGAUGAUGAUUCUCGAAGAUUUGUUAUGGACUAUCUACUUAGAAUAUUACAUAGUUCGAAUUUCACAACUUUUGUACCCGGUAGGGAUAUGUCGGUUGGAAAUCUUUGGGAAGAAGAGAUCAAAGUUGCUGUACAACAAUCGAGAACAUUUUUAUGUAUUUUAUCAGAAACCUACAGUAAAACAGAGUCAGUUUGGAUGCGAAUGGAGUUUAAGAUAGCCUGGAAGAGUAACAAAGCUAUCGAAAUAAUAAACAUGGACAAUGUAGGCACAGAUGACGUAGGAAUGAGUGAAAUCAGGGCGUAUUUACGACUCAAAUGUUUCAUAUCCUUAACGACAAGACAAGACAUAUUUAAACAGCUGAUCGACUAUCUUGGAAAACCAAUAAAGGAUCUGAGUGACAGCCAUCUUGAUAAAAAUAAGGAAUGAUCUCGUAAUAUUAUAUAGUUUCUAGCGUUCAAACGGAACUUGUAUAUGUGACGGCAACAUAGCUGCCCAUAUAUAUAUAUAUUGCCAUACAAGUUCAAUACAAUUCAAUAUUUGUACACUAUAUCUAUAUAAUAUAUGGAUCUUGCUGCAAUAAAUGCAAUUGUUAAUACUAACAAACCAACAUAUACCCUAUACAUAAUUCUGAGCACGUUAGUGUCGGUCCAUGCGGUGGUUAUAACAUUUGUAGAUUUUACAGGUAAGUUUAAUGCAUUUAUCAAUACAAUAUUUUCUAACGCCAGAAAUUAAUGUACAAUAAAAAUGAAACGCACCUCAGUUUUCUGAAUGUGACUUUUUUUUUUAUUAAGUGUUGAUGCGCAAUAAUGUAUGAAGGUACUUUUUACAGUGAACUGAUUUUUUUAAUUUGCUGAUGUACUGUAACAAUGGGGACAAAAUAUAUUCAUAAAAAAAUAAAAAAAAUCAUAUAUAUCCUCAUAGAUGUUACUGCAAUGUGGAUGUGACUCGAGAAUUAAUGCCGCAGAAAGCUCGUUUUCGGGCAGCACUUUACAAAAUAUAUCAUGAAAAUAUCACUCGUUAAAUGGCAACAAUAAAAAAACAAAGGAAACAUUUAAAUUGCAAGACUACAACUUAAAUCUAGAUUUUGUUCGAUACAUGGCCCAGUUGGAUAAAUCUGAAUUGGUAAAAGAAGGGAAAGAAGAGUAAUAUUAAAAAAUGACCCCGUAUGUUUGUCUCUGGUAUUUCUAAAGCCUGUGUUUUAUAUAUUUUCACAAUUUCAAAAUUUAAUCUGACAAACAAAUAAUUCUUUAGUUUUUCGUUCAAUCAAACAUAAGUCUCAACAGUUAUUAAUUUGUGAAUUAACUGUGAUCUGAGACACAGGGACCUGAUAAUUUGUUACAGCUG